AUGUCCGACGCAUUCCACCCCUACACAGAUCUCUAUGCCAACCCUUCCGGCCCAGGCGACCAGCGCCCUACCGCCCUCCAAGUUGUCCAAGAUAACGGAGCCAAGGGCACUUGGACUGGCCGAGUGGUCCUCAUCACCGGCGGCACAGCCGGCAUUGGCGUUGAAACCGUAAGAGCAAUGCACAGCACCGGUGCAGACGUCUACUUUACGGCUCGGAGUCUCGAAAAGGCCGCUGCCACAAAGGCAGAUAUCCUCAGGACGACCGAAGGCAAGGGCAAGCUGGAAAUCAUCGAGAUGGACAUGGACUCUCUUGACUCUGUGCGCAGAGCUGCCAAGGACUUUCUCCAAAAGAGCAACAAUUUGAAUGUUCUCAUCAACAAUGCAGGAAUCAUGGCAUGCCCAGAAACCAAGACCAAAGACGGAUUCGAGCGCCAAUUCGCAGUCAACCACCUCGCUCACUACCUAUUCAUCCGUCUCCUUCUCCCAACCCUCAUCUCCAGCUCAACGCCCGAGUUCAACUCGCGCGUCGUCGACGUUUCCUCCUCAGGACACCGCAUGUCCCCCGUCAACUUUGACAACUACAACUUCGACAAGCCUGGCUCGUACGACCCCUGGCUGGCCUACGGACAGUCAAAGACGGCUAAUAUCUGGACGGCCAACUACAUCGACCGGGCAUUUGGUCCCCGAGGCGUUCACGCCUUCUCCCUACAUCCCGGUGGUAUCUGGACGGGUCUGCAGGCCUACACGCCCACCGAGAUGCUGGACUCGUGGAAAAGCGAUGACAAUGUCAGCACACUGAUGAUGAGCCCGCCUCAGGGUGCGGCAACGUCUGUUUGGGCGGCUGUUGGAAAGGUCUGGGAGGGCCAGGGCGGCAAGUAUCUCGCCGACUGUGGUGUUGCGGAACCAGCUGGGAGCCAGGCGACUGUUUUGAGCUCAGGCGCUGCUGCGCAUGCGUAUGAUGCUGAGGCAGAGGAUAAGCUUUGGGAGUUGAGUGCCAAGUUGGUUGGUGUGGAGAAGGAUGUUUAA